UUAGAGAAUAUACCUAUAUAUUUUUUCUAUUUCUUUAAUAUACUAUCACUAGCUACUGUAUUAUUCCCAUUGAAAAAUACAUCAAUUAAAUUAUUAAUAAAAAAUACUGAAAAUUGACGUAAAGAGAGUUUAAAAGAGAAAGGGAACCCAUUCCUCGCAUCAUGAUGAUAGUAUCGUCUUCGUCGUCGUCCCAUUACCAUUAGUUACCAUAUAUAUCUUAAUCCAAACGCGUUCCCAUUAUAUAUACAAAUCCCAGAUCUGCAAACGCGGGUGAUAAUCACGUGCGACACGUAUGGUCUCACGUGUCCGAACCGCGGCAUCGCCACAAGCUACGUGUUAAAACCUUACACUGAUUCCCUUUAAUAUAUAUUAUUCAAUCUCAUUCCAUUCAUUUCAAUUCAGGAAAAGUCAAAAGAAGAAGAAAAAAGAAAUCUCUUUGUUUUUUUGUUUGUGUCCGAAGAAGGGGAAAAACGAUGUCGUUCUUGGAGAAGGCGAAGGCGUUUAUGGCAGAGAAGGUGGCGGCGCACGUGAAGACCCCGGAGGCGAGUGUUACGGAUGUGGAUCUCAAGCACGUUAGCCUAAACUCCGUCGAGUACCUGGCCAAGAUCACUGUCGAUAACCCCUACGGUGUCGACAUACCUAUCUGUGACAUUGCCUAUCUCCUCAGAAGUGCUGGAAGAGAGAUAGCAUCUGGUACAAUUCCAGACCCAGGGUCGCUAAAGGGACAUGACAGGACAUUACUAGAAGUACAAAUGAAGGUGGCUCACAGCUUACUGGUGAGCUUGGCUAAGGACAUUGGUGCCGAUUGGGACAUUGAUUAUGAGCUUGAGAUUGGUCUCACCAUUGAUCUUCCUGUAAUCGGUAACAUCACCCUUCCUCUGGAGAGGAAAGGUGAGAUCAAGCUCCCCACUCUCUCCGAUGUCUUCUAAUUAUUAAUUCAUGAAUGUGUGCAUUUUAUCAAUUAAGCCACAUCAUCAUCUCAAAAUAAAAUAAAUUUUCUUAGCUAAUUUCAUGUUUAUACAUGUAUUAUUAAUAUUAUUAUCAUGUUUUUUUUUGUGUGUAAUUUCUUAACUUUGUUGGUACUAUUAUCCACCAUCAGAUUAAUGAUGAGUAUGCAAGAGAUGAUUAUGCUUUACUUUAUUAUUCUGUGUAUAUGAGUUUAAAUUAAAAUCAGACACAUUUCUCAUUCAUUAUUAAAUGGAAUUGCUAAGUAUCUUUAAAAUCUUAAUAACGAAGUCCAUGAAAACAACAAAAACAGAGUUUUCUACUUCUAGCAUUAUGAAGAAAAGACAUCCACAAACAAUUACCAGUUUUGAUAUUUAGAACUAAUAAUAACAUGUUCAGUCUCAAUGAAUUGAAUUUUGUUAAACUAACUUUUUAAGGGAGCAAAAUUUACAGUCAUAAUCCGCAAAAAAAAUGCUAUUCAUUUUAAACUCCAUUUUUAGUUUAUGAAUAAAAUAAUUCGUAUAAGAAUAGAAGUUUUUUUUUCUUUUAUUUUGUUGAUAGUAUAUAAGAAUAAAAGUUUUGUCGUAUUCGAGUUUUAUAAAGCAAUUUUUAUUUGGAAUCAGCCAGCUGCGGAGGCAAUAUCUCUAUAUUUAUAGUGUAUUAUUAUUAGUAUACUUGAUACAACCUCUAGAUAUUUUCCUUUUCUUUCCAAAAGCAUAAAAAGCAAUCUAUGGUGUCCUCUCACUCCUUGUCUAAUGCUCUUUCCCAUUAUAGAAAUCCGGUGGUGUGAUGUUAUUUGUCAUUACCAUAAGAAUGAGAGAGAUAGUUAAAAUGGAUUCUUUGGUGGCCAAGAUAAAAAGUUAUAUAUAGUAAGUUCUUCCAUUGUCAUUAUCAUACCACUAUUAGUGUGAUAUUCUCCUCUCCAUGAUUUUUCUUUUUUAUCAACUCUCCACUCUAUGAUUUAAUAACUGAAAUGCAUAUUUUUAAGAAACAUAUAUAAUUAUAAUUAUUUUUCCAGCUGUAUCUCAAUUCCUUAAUAAUUUCCCCCUCAUUAAAAAUUGUGUUAACACGGCAAACAUCAAAUUGGAAAAUUUAAUUUUCACUCAAUUAGACACUGUAUUUUGUAUUUUUCUUAUAAUUAUUAUUUGAUUUAGAAAUAUGGUGAAAGACAUUGUGUUUUGACAAUGGCACCGUGCUUGGUGAUCGAAGGAGAAAUUUUUGGUUUUGGGGACAGGGGACUCUGUUUAAUGCUUUGUACUGGGGAAUUAGUUAUGUUGUAACUUCUACCUGGAAAACUUUAUUGUAAAUAUGAAUUUUGAGAGGCUAUUUGUUAAAAUAUUAUAAUGAUUUUAAAAAAUAUAGCACAAAAUUUUCAAGAAUUUUGGGGUGUGGCUAUCUUGUACAAAAAUAUACAAAAAUAAAUCAAUAUACCAGAGACUAGCUAACCCUUGGGCAGCCCAAUAAUUACUUAUCAGUUAUGUGUACUCGGAAUUUGGUAAUGCCCUGCUUAAAUCUUAAUAAGUUAAUAUAGGCCCAAAAUAGUUUAGUUUGACAAAUAGAUCUUUCAUGUCAUUUUUUUCAAUGGCUCGACGAAAAUAUUAGUUAAUGAAAUGUCGUACAAAGUUUAUGGUCUUCAGGUCAUAAUGCAGAGAGGAUUAAUUGUAAAGUAUGCAGAAUUCCUCAGAGCAUUAUAUGUAUUUUCUCCAACUAUUAGUUGAAAUAUUGAUGAGGAAAAUAUAUUUAUAAAAAUACAAAUUUUAAAUUAAAAAAAAAAAAUACAAAAUGCAAUCAGGAAUUAGAAAUGUUUUGAAAACUUAACAUAUAAAAUUCUUAUUUUAGCUAAAAUAAAGGGAUGUUGCUGUCUUUAUAUCCCUUCAUUAAUCGUUAAAAAUAUUUAAGCAGCUCUAAUAACAGUACCAGAAAGCCCAUAAAAACAUUCUUAAAUAUGUAUAUGCUUACAUAUUUAAAAGUACAAAUUGUUAUAUGUCUAUGUCAUACAGAGAACCGAAAUAUAGAUCUAAAUUAAAGGAACACAACACAACAACUUAUAUAUAUAUAUAACUCAAUUUUUGACAUAGUUCAUCUCUAUAUAACAUAUUCUUAAAUGUUGUAACAGUUACAGCAGUAAUCAUUUCUUAUCUUUUCUUGGAUUCAAAUGAUGAAUACAUCAUCAGACAGAUGGUAAUGAAGAUGAACUAGUACUUAUUCAUAACAUAUAUAAAUAGGUAAGGAUACCAUGAGACUAGCUAGUAGUCUCCUGUAGUAGAUAGGCGAGGCAAUGAUCAGCAAUUGGGGUAGGACACUCCACAUUGGGAGGCAACUCUCUUGGCAUUAGCAGAGUUUACAUACUGACCCAGGCUUGGAUCUUUGAGGUACCCACAAAAGCAAGGCUUCUGUUCGUUGAGCUUGCUGCAGCAUUGGGUCGAUGGAUUUGCCCCACUGGUGAUGGCUGGCAGGCACGAGCUCAUCUCCAUCACGCUGCAAGUCACUGCCUCUGCUACUGGUGCUUCCGACACCACCAGUACUACUGCAGCCGCUACCACCACCAUCACCCACGCCAAAGAGGAUAACUUCUUAGCCAUUUUUUGUUUUUAUCUUUUUAUGUUGAAUUUGGUAC